CCUUGGCAGAGUACGAGGACCGAGUGGAGCAGUCCAAGCGGGAGAUCUGCCGCCAGAGGAGGCUGCUCGAUGCCGUGAUGCAGCCCAUAGUCCGGCUGCUCAGAGCAGGCCAGCAGAAGUCUCUGGUUCCUGCUGCUGUCUCUCUCCGUUCGAGCCGAGCCUCGAUGUGCUCAGAGAAGAGGAACAUGGCCGCCGUGCAGCUGCUGCGGGUGUCGGUACAUGAGCGGAUCAGCGCUGCCGCUGAGGACUUCCUGCUUCAGGUGGAGAAAGGAGGAGGACGGGCUCAAGUCCCGGAGCUGAGAGCGAUGCUAACCGAGCGGCUAAUGGCGACUGGGGAGGAGAUCCUCGCGGUCUUUGAGCAAACAGUGGCAGAGUACGAGGACAGACGCGAGGACCGAGUGGAGCAGUCCCAGCUGGAGAUCAGCCGCCAGAGGAGGCUGCUCGAUGCCGCGAUGCAGCCCGUAGUCCGGCUGCACAGAGCAGGGUGUCCUGCAGACAUCCAGCAACUGAUGGUGAAUAAAGAAGAGGUUCCCCCUCAGCAGCAGCAGUGGAGCCCCCUUGUGGACCAGGAGGACCCAGAGCCCCUCCACAUUAAAGAGGUACAGGAGGAACCGUGGACCAAUCAGGAUGGACAGCAGCUUCAAGGACUGGAGGAGGCUGAUAUCAAGUUCACAUUGACUCCUGUCGCUGUGAAGAGUGAAGAAGAUGAAGAGGAACAGAAAUCGUCAAAGCUUCAUCCGAGUGAGAGAAGAGGGAACCUAAGGGGCAAUCUAGAGAAAGAGAAACCUUUUAGUUGCUCUGAGUGUGGUAAAAGAUUUAACCAAAAGGGCAAUCUGAAAUCACAUAUGAGGAGUCAUACAGGAGAGAAGCCAUUUAGUUGCUCUGAAUGUGGUAAAAGGUUUAACCAAAGGAGCAAUCUAAAUUUUCAUAUGAGGCGUCAUUCAUGAGAGAAGCCAUUUAGUUGCUCUGAAUGUGGUAAAAGAUUUUACCAAAAGGGCAGUCUGAAAUCACAUAUGAGGAGUCAUACAGGAGAGAAGCCAUUUAGUUGCUCUGAGUGUGGUAAAGGAUUUACCGGAAAGGGCGGUCUAAAAAAACACAUGAUGAGUCAUACAGGAGAGAAACCGUUUAGUUGCUCUGAGUGUGGUAAAAGAUUUAACGCAAGGGGCAGUCUAAAAACACACAUGAGGAGUCAUUAGGCUUGCAAAAUUCCGGGGAUAUUCAAAGUGUGCAGUAGUGUGGCCUCAAUAGCCCUGCUGUUGUGUGCAGGAUGCUGGGAAUUAUCUGUGCAUGUGAUGGAGAAAUGCACGGUGCACGGUUGACAUUAAACAUGCAGCAUGUGCCGCAUUCCAUACCUCUUUAAAUAGAGUUUACAAUGACGUUUCUAUUGGUCAGCGUUUAAUUUGUGGUAACAUCUUUUUUUUGAAAAUUCCCCAAUUUCCCGAGCCAUGGAAGGUUUCCGGAACGUUUCCGGAAAUUUUCCACCCCUUUGCAACCCUAGGAGUCAUACAGGAGAGAAAUCGUUUAAUUGCUCUGACUGGUAAAAGAUUUAAGAUUCAGUCCUAUUGUACGAGACGUGAGGAUUCAUAAAGGAGAGAAAUUUUUCAGUUGCAACCUUUUGUAACAAAAGAUUUUUUAGAAUUUAUCCACAUAUAUUCAUAUUAUACAUAUUCAUAGUUCACUGUUUUUAAUAGACUAUUACCAGUUUGUUAGUCCCUCGAAAAUACAACUAAUUUAAUGACACGAAAGAUUUGUGUUUAUAUAUCUUGUUUCUACUGAUCUCUACAUAACUUAUCUAUCUUUCAUAAUGUCCUUCAUGUCAUUUAUAGGUUAAAGUGUGUUCCUUGCACAGUAUGAAUUUGUGUUCUUAACUAAUUUAUAUGAUUAAAUAUGUUUGUUUUUUAAAUCAAUGGUUUCUUGGUUCGUGAGAUUCAAUGACAGUGUGUGUUCUCCUUUAUGUAUUGAAUGUGUUUCCAAGAAUAAAAGUGUAUUUUAAAGCUCCAAAUGUAAAUUUUUUUGAAACAUCAAGGUUGAAUGGCGUUUUGAAUUCUCAGUGUUUACACAUCUGUGGCGUCCCUUCCUCUCUUCACACGACUAACACCUGCAGAAAACACAUCCAUGCUACGUCCUUCUCUUUGUGCCCCACUCAGGUCUUUCUGACGUGGAUAAAUCGUUGUAUACCUCAAGCAAGUAAGGAAAUGUUAAAAAAAAAUGAAAGAAGGGCUAUUCUUUGAAAAUAAAGUAAAAUAAAAGCUUUUUGUAUCUGUGAGAUCUUAAAUAAAUCUUUUCGUGUUUAAGUUCUGCAA